CAUUUACCAUAGACUUAUUAGAAGUCUAUGACAUUUACCUGUCUGUUUUACGAUUGCCAUGGCAACUGGACGAACGCCAAACAAAUUGAAACAGAUCCUCGUGUAGCUCGUGUGUCAGAAUUCAGAAUAAAUAUUGUUGCAGGCUAAGCCAACAAUAUUAGACAAUCUGUGCUGAAUGUGACACAAUGAGAGCACAUCCAGCAUGGGUCGACAAGGUGCAGGAAAAAUCGGAUCAAUGUAUAUAUGAUCUUUGCUUCAAUCCAGAUGGUACACAAUUGGUUGUUGCCUCUGGCAAUCAAGUUCUUGUGUACGAGACCAAUGACGGUGCUUUGAUUCAACCAUUAAAGGGACAUAAAGACACGGUAUAUUGUGUGUGCUAUGCAAAGGACGGUAAGAAGUUUGCAUCAGGAAGUGCAGACAAAAGUGUUAUUAUUUGGACCUCUAAGUUGGAAGGGAUAUUAAAAUAUUCACACAAUGAAGCUGUACAGUGCAUGCAUUUUAAUCCCAUCUCGCACCAGCUUCUCAGCUGUUCACUCUCAGACAUCGCCUUUUGGUCCGCGGAACAGAAAGCUGUACAGAAACAGAAAUCUGGUGGGAGGGUUAAUUGCUGUGCAUGGACAAGAGAUGGACAAUACUUAGCCCUUGGUCUCGCAACUGGACACGUAUCCAUAAGAAACAAAAAUGGUGAAGAAAAAACGCGCAUUGAACGGCAACUUGGAGUACCAAUUUGGAGUGUAUCAUGGAAUCCUUUACAGGACGAUGCUACAGAUGUUCUCUGCAUCGCUGAAUGGAAUGGAGUAAUUUCAUUUUACACUAUCGGUGGAGAAGCAGUCAGAAGAGAAAGAACAUUUAGUUUUGUACCUCUUAAAGUCUCUUACUUCCCGGAAGGCCAAUACCUUCUCGUUUGCGGUAGUAAUAAACAAUGCUUAUUGAUGACGCAUGAUGGCAUACAGUUAGUUAACGUAGGUGAUACUUUCUCGUCAUGGGUAUGGAGCUGUGCCGUUCAUCCGACCGCCUCGCAUGUUGCACUUGGUUCUCAAGAUGGAACAAUAACAUAUCUACAAUUAUCUUGGAACAUUGUACAUGGUCUGUAUGGCGAUAGAUAUGCGUAUAGGGAAAACAUGACCGACGUGAUAAUACAGCAUUUAAUCACGAAUCAGAAAGUUCGAAUUAAAUGUAAAGAUCUGGUAUGCCGUAUUGCGGUGUAUCGAAACAGAUUAGCUGUGCAGUUACCCGAACGCGUGAUCAUUUACGAACCGUCUGGCACCGGCGAUGGAAUGCAUUACAGGAUACGCGACAAGCUUAACCAGACGUUGAACUGUAAUCUGUUGGUUGUCACCUCGAACCACUUAGUUUUGUGUCUGGAAAGGCGUCUGCAAAGUCUUACGUUUGCCGGGAUAAUAGAAAGAGAAUGGAUACUUGAUGGACUUAUCACUUACAUUAAGGUGGCGGGUGGUCCCGCUGGACAGGAAUGCUUAAUAGCUGGUUUGAAAAGCGGACAUGUAAUGAAGAUAUAUCUCGACAAUCCGUUUCCCGCGCAUGUUGCGAAAAUCGAAGACGCCGUAAGAUGCUUGGACAUCAGUUCCCUAAAGGAGAGAAUGGCAGUGGUCAGCGAAACUGGUGAUCUGUCCGUGUUCGAUCUAUGCACCGCCGAGAAACUGCAGGAGUUCCACGAUGUCAACAGCGUCGCGUUCAACAUCGCUUUCGAAGAUAUCAUGUGCUUUGCAGGCAACAAUUACCUUGCGAUAAAAGUUGCAAACUUUUCUGAAUACAGACAAAAGUUUUCUGGUUUCGUCGUAGGGCACAAUGGUUCAAAACUCUACUGUUUAAAUGGUUCGUCCAUCAUGACGCUAGAGGUGCCACUGUCGUUGUUUAUGUAUCAAUAUUUAGACAUCGGAUUGUACAGUCACGCUUAUGACAUAGCAUGUUUAGGUGUGGCUGAAUCGGACUGGCUCGCCUUAGGAACGGCGUGUUUGGAUAAUUUGGAAUUGAACAUCGCGUACUCGGCGUUUGCGCGAGUAAAGAAGCUGCGCUACAUAGAGAUCGUGUCCGAGGUGGAGGAAAAAUUGAAAUCUGGCGAAUGGGGACGAGAAGCUUGCAUGGCUACUGCCGCGGCUGCCAUGGGAAGACUCCGCGAUGCGGCGAAGCUUUAUCAAAAAGCCGGUUUGCAGCAAUAUGCUCUCGAUAUGUACUCCGAUUUACGGAUGUUUGACAUUGCUCAGGAAUUUAUUGCUUCCGGCAAUACGCAGGAUCGUACAGUAUUGUUGCGACGACGAGCGGAAUGGGCAAAAAGCUUAGGCGAGCCACGCGCCGCGGCCGAGAUGUUCCUCUCCGCGGGAGAUAUCGAUCGUGCCAUCAGUAUUAUCGCCGAAUAUGGUUGGAUCGACAUGCUGAUCAAAGUAGGCAGACAAUUGGAUAAGGCGGACAGAGACAACCUGUCCAUGAUCGCCAAGAAACUUAAGCAAUUGGGUGCUUCGCACGGAGCGGCGGAGGUUUUUAGCCGACUGGGAGACGAUCCUGACGUUGCCGACGUGCUUGUAGACGCACAAGCAUGGCCCGAAGCUUUCGAACUCGCAGAAAGAAAUCCGAAGUUGAAGUCACGGAUAUACGGGCCGUACGCACGAUGGUUAGCGGAGACCGGACGAUUUUCCGAGGCUCAAGAAGCGUUCCAAAUGGCAGGACAGCCGGAAGAAUCUAUACUUGUACUCACGAUGUUGGCUAACAAUGCUGUGAUAGAGAAACGGUUUCGCGAUGCCUCUUAUUUUUAUUGGCUCCUGUCGCAAUUGAGUCUGGAUUUGUCGAAAAGCGUGGAAGAGAUAAAGACGAUGUUUCUCAAUUAUUCUGACAAAGCGGAUGUUUAUUAUGCAUAUCAUGAAGUAUACAAGUAUCUGGAAGAGCCUUUUACAUCUCUAAUGCCAGAGGCAUUAUUCAACAUUUCGAGAUAUUUGCUCAUGAAAAUGCAAAACAGGCGACUAGAAGGUAUCUCGAGGAUGACGAUAAUGUACAGUCUGAUGAAACAAGCGCGAAUAUUAGGUGCCAACAAGCUGGUUAUGCAAUUGCUGGACCAAUUGCGUUCAAUGAAGAUUCCCGCGAAUCUUCAGGCGCAAAUGGAAACGUCAACUCUAAUUGCCAGAUCUUAUCCGUACCGGGAUCCGGAAGAGUUACUGCCUCUAUGCUAUAAGUGUUCCACGUUCAAUCCGUUAAUGCCGACGAAUAAUGUGUCUGGCAGUAACUGCACGCAAUGCGGUUUAAAAUUUCAAUAUUCCUUCGUUAUGUUUGAAAUUCUGCCAUUAGUCGAGUUUGAAUUGGAAGAUGACAUUACGGAUGAGGAAGCGGAAAAACUGAUAGAAGAACCAUUACCUUCCCCAGAUGAUCUCGCAGUUAAUGAUCAAUUUACCGUAACUUCCAACGAAGCUGACCUCUUCACCGCUCGUUUAAUGAGAUACGAGGAAAAAUCCAGUAAUUCUACAGUGACUGUUGGAAGAGGGGUAUUGAAGAGUAUGGAUCCGUCCACCGUGAUAAUUAUUAAGUGGCCUAAGCCGUUUAAGACUAGAUACUUUAGGAAUCUUUUACCUGAUCUGCAGAUUAGUUUGUGCAAGUGCUGUUUAAAGUUGUUUCAUUCGGACGACUACGAACUAGCGUUGUUACGACACGGGCAUUGUCCGUUCUGUCGGACCCCGAAUGUAACCGCAGGUUGAGAUAACAUGGAAUUAUAAAUUUGUUAUCGGUCAGACAUAUCCAUAUAUAUACUAGAUUGUUAAAAAUAUUUUAGAAAUCGUUUUAAUCGUGCGAAAUAAAAAUGUUUUAAUCUUUAUAUUUAGGGCCGAAUCUUGUACAGUGCACUGUUGUAAUAAUGUACAACUUGUUUUUUAUAUGUAAAACUUUUUGUAACUGCGUUAUUUUUUCAAUUCGCAUUACUAUGACAUAAUGUAUUUUAUUUCAAUAAAGUAGGAAUACUUCACAGAAA